GUCAACAACUGGAUUCCAGCUAUUUGUAUUUUCGUCAACUAGCUCUGCUAGCUUGCUAACGAUGAUUCACUACGACCGUAAAGAAACAUCUUAACCCUUAUUAAUGGGUAUUUAUUGGAUUUCGUUCGUUUACAAAACACUCUAUCGAUAGCUUGUGCCGAUGUGUAGCCAAUGCAAGCCAAAGGACCGUCGAGAGCGGAGAGUUCGCACUGCAUACCGUCCUUUAGCCGCCUCUAAAACCAGCUAACACGGCUAACAACGUAGGUUAGCUGGCUGGCUGACAGCUGGUCCGGUUAGCUACGUGCCGUUGACAGUAGCAAAGAUUAAUUCCCUGAAACAAUGAGUUGUCUCUGACAUUGAGAGGACUGAGGCCCAGUUGGUUGUCACAUUGGAGUAACCAGAGCCCAUAACUAGGAAGGUGGGUCUUGGUUAACUCUACGGUGGUGACAUCGAAGAACAGUGGGUGAACCGUAAGUCUACUUGCCGAUGCACCCCUAGUUUUGACCUGCAAGAGCUGCCAAUAUGAUGCCGAUGAUCCUGACGGUGUACCUCAGCGAUGGGGAGCAGGCCCUGACUGAGGUGCCCAUCACUCCUGAGACGACAUGCCGCGAUGUUGUCGAGUUCUGCAAAGAACCCGGUGAGAGUGGCUGCCACCUGGCUGAGGUCUGGAGAGGCAACGAGCGAGCAAUCCCCUUCGAACAUAUGAUGUAUGAACAUCUGCAGAAAUGGGGACCUCGGAAACAAGAAGUGAAGUUCUUCCUUCGGCACGAAGACUCACCGACUGAGAGUAGUGAUCAAGGGAGUCAGCAGUCUCAGGAUCAGACGAGUCGCAGAAGUGGAAACACUGGAGAGAAGCACAAUGAGAAUGGGGUGGGGAAUCAGCGUGUGGAGCUCACGCUGUCAGAGCUGCAGGAGAUGGCGACCCGGCAGCAGCAGCAAAUUGAGGCUCAGCAGCAGAUGCUCGUUGCAAAGGAGCAACGUUUACGUUACCUGAAGCAGCAAGAGCGGCGUCAGCAGCAAACCGUCUCAGAGAGCGAGAAGCUGCAGAGGCUGAAGGAGCGUGUGGAGAGCCAGGAGACAAAGCUCAAGAAGAUUCGGGCAAUGAGAGGCCAGGUGGACUACAGCAAGGUCAUCAAUGGCAACCUGUCGGCAGAGAUCGAGCAAGUUAGCAGCUUGUUCCAAGAGAAGCAGGCUGAGCUACAGGCUGCAGUGCUGAGGGUGGAGCAGCUCAGCUUGCAGCUGGAGGAUCUGCGGAGAGGGAAGCUCAACGGCAUUCAGACCAACCUGGGUGGCCAAGUUACCGGCGCUGCAGCCCUAGAGCUUCGUAAACUCUACCAGGAGCUGCAGAUUCGGAACAAGCUAAACCAAGAGCAGAACAGCAAGCUGCAGCAGCAGAAGGAGCUUCUCAACAAGCGAAACAUGGAGGUGACGCUGAUGGACAAGCGCAUCAGUGAGCUGCGGGAACGCCUCUACAAGAAAAAAGCUGAGGCACGUCAAAAAGAGAACCUUCCUCUGAACAGAGCCAAUGGGCCUCCGUCUCCCCAGCCGGCUCCUGGCACUCUAGGCCGUGUUGCUGCUGUUGGGCCAUAUAUCCAAGUCCCAGUGGGGGGCCGACAGGAGGGAGGGUACACCCUGCCACCUGAUCCACUGAAACCUCAAACUCUGGGCGUCAAUAACCAAGCCAACCAUGGCCGCAUUAAGUCAGACGGUGUGCGAAAGCCUCCCGGCCCUUGGAAGGUGUCUGAUUUAGACAUCGUUGUGGACCCGGUACCCCCGUCCCUUCCAGAAUCACACCCGGGCACCGGAGCCUCCACUGGCUCUGACGGCACGUCCCCUGAUAUUGGCUGGCCUACUCUAGGAAAGACCAGCACAUCUUUAAAGCCUCCUGAGAGACGAGACUCAGGGUCCGAUUCACAGGGCAAAAGCCCGCCCUCAGGCUCCCCUGUUGCACCAAGUGCAGAUAAGGUGCUAGACUCCAAAAUGGUUGUGUCCUCUCCUGCCAUAUCCAAGCCCCAGCCGCCUCCCUACGGCUCUCACCUCACCUCUGCAAACUCGGCCAGCUCCUUGGAGCGUCGCAAGGAUGCACCACCUCUCCCUCGUCCCCUCCCGAACCCUCCAGCUCCUGCUUGGCCUCGAAUCCCCCCUUCAACGGGCUCGUCCUCUCAGCAGAUCCAGCAGCGGAUCUCCGUACCACCUAGCCCUACCUUCCAGCCCAAUGCACCUCUGUUCCCUCCUGGACUGAGUGAGCGACUGGAUCCCCCACCAGCUGUGGCAGUGCGCCCCUUCAUCCCAGACAGAGGGUCGCGGCCUCAGUCGCCUCGAAAGGGCCCACCUACAAUGAACUCCAGCUCCAUCUAUCACAUGUAUCUCCAGCAGGCAGCGCCAAAGGGCCAGCCACUCAAGUCUGCUCCAAAAGCAGUAUAUGGGAAGCCAGUGCUCCCCUCAAGCUCCACUCCCCCCUCCCCCCUGCCUUUUGCCCAGACGGGAGGCGCCUUCCCACUACUUCAAGGCCAUCCUGGUGGUGAGGACACUUUGGACGGAGAGUUUGAUGAUCACGAGUUCUUCCAACACUCGGAGCCCUUAGCUCCUCCUCCCAGUGUGGAGAAUAUUCCACGACCGCUCAGCCCUACCAAGCUUACGCCUAUGGUACACUCCCCACUGCGCUACCAAAGUGACGCGGACCUUGAGGUGCUCCGCAAAAAACUGGCUAAUGCUCCCAGACCACUUAAGAAGCGCAGCUCCAUCACCGAGCCAGAGGGGCCCAGUGGACCCAACAUCCAGAAACUUCUCUACCAGAGAUUCAACACUCUCGCUGGAGGCAUAGAAGGAAAUGGAGUCAGUGGAUCAGGAGGUGGUAAUGGUGCAGGUAACGGAACGCCAUUUUAUCAGCCAAGCCAUCCUCCUGGUUAUGUGGGCGGAGACUCUGUGGCUGAUACAGACAAUGGCAACCUCCCGUCUGAGACACAGCUACCCCCACCACCAGGGGAGGAGGAGCUCGGCUCUGAUGCGCCAUCUACUGACGCUAACGAUAACGAGCCGCCACCCUCGCCGCAGGAGGGAUUGGAGGAUGCUGAUGAUGCAGAGGCACCAGAGGAUGACAACAACAACAACAUGGGGAGCUCUGAGGCGCUGCUGCCUAGCCCUGUGCCAGAGGUUACAACGCCAGAGGAGAGUGGCACGUCGGCCUCACAGCACCUGGAGAAACGCACAAAUUUGAAGAAACCAAACUCAGAACGUACUGGCCACGGCUUCAGAGUGAAAUUCAACCCUCUGGCCCUCCUUCUGGAUGCUUCUUUAGAGGGAGAGUUUGACCUCGUCCAGAGGAUCAUCUAUGAGGUGGAGAAUCCUAGCACUCCUAAUGAUGAGGGCAUUACACCUCUGCAUAAUGCAGUAUGUGCGGGGCACCACCACAUAGUCAAGUUCCUGCUGGACUUUGGUGUGAACGUCAAUGCUGCAGACAGUGACGGAUGGACUCCACUACACUGCGCUGCCUCCUGCAACAGUGUUCAUCUCUGCAAGUUACUGGUUGAGUCAGGGGCGGCCAUCUUUGCCAGCACCAUCAGUGAUGUAGAGACUGCUGCAGAUAAGUGCGAAGAAAUGGAAGAGGGCUACAUCCAAUGUUCACAAUUUCUAUAUGGUGUUCAGGAGAAGUUAGGUGUAAUGAACAAAGGCACUGUGUAUGCUCUGUGGGAUUACACGCCUCAGAACCCAGACGAGCUGACCUUCAGUGAAGGGGACGCCAUCACGAUCCUGAGACGACAAGACGACAGCGAAACAGAGUGGUGGUGGGGGCGACUAGAGGACAACGAGGGCUAUGUGCCACGCAACCUGCUGGGGUUGUGUCCAAGGAUCAAGCCUCGCCAGCGCUCCCUGGCGUAGUGUCUCACUCCUCCAGCCUCUGGCUAACAGCUGAACUAGGAACAAAUUAAAGAGCAGAGAACAAAAGAGCCUGGUGCUCGGUCUUCUCCCCACGGCCAUAACCUCCCCUCUCCUGCCCACUGUGCUUCUCACACAAUCCUUUUUCUCUGAAGCACUGAACUCUGACACACAUAUUAACAUCUCCACACAUGUACACGCACAUACAGAAGACGACACAAGCACUCCAAAUGGGAAAAAAUCUCUUUGCAAACCCUUCCCCCACCCUGAACUCACACACCUUAAAACCUCUCUCUCUGUCAUCGUCCUGAGUUUAUUUUACCCCCUUUAAGUGUGAGCUCUGUAUCAGAUGACUAAAAAUAAAACGCUAACCCUGACUCAGUAUUUCAGUGUUCACACUUCUUCAGCAAUUCUUCUAAUGAGUUCAUUGGCACUUGUUCAAGGCGACUGAUAAAAUCAUCUCAGAGGUGAGAAGAUGUGGAUUUUUCUUGGUUAUAUGUUAUAAAAGUUACAGGACAUAACAUGUUUAUUUGUAUGACACCAAUACAGUCCACUAAUGCAGAGAAAAUAUGUUUGAUUUUGCUUUUAGUCUAACCACCAAAGAGAUUUAACACUUUGAAUUCUAACACUCGCAGUGAGCUUGCACUACUGUUGAGGAUGAAGAUAAAUGACCGAGCUGCGAUCAAAGAUGAUUAACAACCACUGAGAACAGAGGAAAAGUCUUUUUAGGUAUUCUGAAGCAGGAAAAUGAUUUAGAUAGAUCAUUUCAGGUGGAAAACAUUUCAGUCCUCAGUAUUACCUUCACUGGCUAGUCAGAAUGAAUCCAACCAGAGUAAGAGUUAAAAAAAUCUUUAAACUUCUACCAUUUUAAGCGACAACACAGACAGUUAAUCCGUUUUUACAAGUGUGUCAAUAGUUUGAAUGAUUUCUGAUUCAGAUUUUCCAAGAAAUUAGCAGCUGUUGUACUGCAGUUCAUAAGAUCCAGUUUAAUGAGCAGUAUUUUUGCUUUACCAAAAAGUAAAAGUUGCCAAAUUCAAAAGCUACGUGCGUACUUCAAAGGUUAAAGAUCUCUUACAGGAAUGACAGGAAGUGUUCACUGGAAAAAAGUUCUGUUUUUGACUCCACUGUGGUGUAGCUGAAAAAAUCAGGUCCACAAAAACAUAAAGAUGUCAGUUCUUUAUGGUGUGUUAGUUUGUCUUUUUUCUUUAUUAUUGAACAAAUCUCUUUUUUUAUGAUGUGUUUUGUUUAAAGGCAUUUAUAUUAACGUCACUUCAGAGAUGUAUUAUUUUUCUGAGGUCAUUGUUCAAGCUUUUUUUUUUUUUUUUGAGUUACAGUUGUUAACAUGAAGGCAUGCAAGCCGUAUCUCUGAAUGAAAUAGUGAUCUUUUACAUAUUUAAUGAUAUUUUAAUAACCUUUACUUUUUCCCUGCUAUAUCCCAGAGUAGUUUCUGGUCGUGUAACUGUGGUUUUCUUUUUGUCUGGCUGUGAAACUCAAAAAAAUAUUGAUCUCAGGACCGGCAUGGUGCUGCUCACACUGUUAAAACCAGCCAUCAUAUUUGUAUUUUGACAUCCCUUUUGUUUGAGCAUUAAACCAAGCAAAAAAACACAGUCCAAACUUUAAAAAGAAAGCCAUUGGCAUGUUUAAUUGAAAGAGAAAGUGAGAGUCUGAAAUGCAGAUGUUUAAAUGAGCUCCAGACAAUCCUGAUAAUGCCCAGUUUUCUUUCUUCUUCUGCCCCUUUUAUCAGGUAUACACCUUUCCAGAAACACUAAUACAUGUGUUAUCUGUCGCAUUAUUUAACAUCUAGAGACCCUUAUCUUACUCUGAACCUUGAGUGACUGAGAGUAAUGCCAAGUGUGCUUGUGGCCAAGGCUUUAAUAUGGCUUAACUUGUACAUAUAGAGUGAGGAGAUAUGGAUUAUGUCUGUUUGCUGUACGGACAAGUGCGCUUUCUGUAUAAACGCUGUAUUCACACAUUCAAUUCUGUAAAUGUGAACAAUAAAACAGAGGCUCUGGCAUGAAGAAUGACUUACAGUGUUAUAAUUCAAAUACUGGAGUGUAAAUAAAAGGUUUUAACAUCA